AUGUUUUGGUAUUUUUAUAUUAUAUUUAAUUUUCUUCUUCUUAAUGCUAAUACACUAGUAUGUAAUGGUCCAUUGGGUAUGACUAAUGGUGAAAUACGUGAUUGGCAAAUAACAGCAUCAUCAUCUCUUUUGGAUUAUGAUUGUCAUGAAAAGAAUGCUCGAUUAUAUCAAUCAUUGAAUCGUGCUUGGUGUGCAAGACAUAAAUCUGAUUCUGAAUGGUUACAAAUUGAUUUAGGUAUUACUGCUAAAAUAUCAGGUGUAUUAACUCAAGGUCGAGCUAAUAUAGAUGAAUAUGUAACGUCAUAUAUGAUAUCAUAUAGUCCCGAUGCAUUUCGAUGGCAAUAUCUUGUUGAUCAAUAUGGAAAUCAAAAAAUAUUUUCUGGCAAUAAAGAUUCAUAUUCUGUUCGUAAUAAUUAUUUUGAUGAAGUUAUUAUAACACGUUUUAUUAAAUUUCAUCCUAUUCAAUGGCAUUCACACCCAUCAUUACGCGUGGAAAUUAUUGGUUGUCAAGAAUGUAAACAAUAUUUGGGUUUACCACCUUAUGGAAAAAUAACUGCAUCAACAACAUGGCCAUCUCGUCGACGCGCUACAUGUCAACCACAAGAUGGUUAUUUAAUGAGUAAUAAAGGAUGGUGUUCAAAACGAAAAUAUAGACAUGAUCAAUGGCUUGAAUUUGAUUUGGGACAUCCAUCCACUGUAACAUCAUUGAUAACAAAAGGUCGACGUGAUACAAGUCAAGAACAAUGGGUUACAAAAUAUCGAGUUUCGUUUUCUAAUGAUUCUCGUCUAUGGGUUUAUUAUAAAGAUAAAUUACAAAGUGAACCAAAGGAAUUUGCUGGAAAUAAUGAUCGUGAUAGUGAACGUAUUCAUUUUUUAAAUGAACCAUUUAUUGCACGAUAUAUUCGUAUGCAUCCUACUCAAUGGCAUAAUCAUGUUAGUAUGCGUGCAGCAAUUCUUGGUUGUCCACAUCAAGGUGCUUGUCUUCCAGGUUAUUUUCGUGUAAAUAAUGAAACACAAUGCAUUGAAAAUAUGGCAUAUGGAAAAAGAACAUGGACAAAUGAUCGAAAUCAUCGUCUUCAAAAAAAUAUAAAUGAUAGAGUGAAAUAUCGUAGUACAAGAGAAACUAAUGGUGAUUCAUCAUUAGCUGUUGAUGGUAUUGAAGAACCAUUGGAAUGGUCAAAAUGUGCUACAAUUGAUAAUUAUUUUGUUGAUAAACCUCUUUGGAUGGUCGAUUUAGGUCGAGGAAAAAAUGUUGCUGGUGUUAUGUUAAGAACAUGGCAUGAAAUAUCUAAUUCAUCUUCAUCAAUAUAUCGAGAUUAUAUAUUAAAUUUAAAUCAAUACAAUGUUUAUGUUGAUCAUUAUCCACGUCGAAAUCACUUUAAAAAUGCUAAUUUAUGUUCUUAUAUAACACGUACUGAUCAAACAUUAACAUCAUCAUCUCGUUUACAUUUUCAAUGUCAACAACCAUUGCAUGGUCGUUUUGUUUAUAUUGAAGCAAAUGGUAUUAGUUAUCGUUGGAAUAAAUUAUUUACUGCUGCACUUUGUGAAGUAUUUGUUUAUGAGCAGUAA